CAAGUGACAUUACCGAUCAGCUGAUAUAACCUCGAAAGUGAAAAUAAAAAUAAAGCUUAUUUAUAAGAUAAAAAUCAGUUUUUAAACAUAAAUACAGUAUUAUGAGGUUACUGUCUCAAAUAUUUCAACCAAUCAUCAUAAUACCGAAAGGAGCCAAGAUUAAAAACACUGAAAUAACAUGUAAAAGCCAAAAACUCUUACUAGAAUGCGGUCUAAUCCGUCCCACCAGUGCGGGUUUCUUCACGAUACUGCCGCUAGCGAGACGAGCUAUCACCAAACUUGAAGAUUUAAUCCACAAAUGUUUAAAAGAUGUGAACGCUCAAAGAAUAUCGCUACCAUGUUUAACAUCAUCUCGGUUAUGGGAACGAUCGGGGAGGCUGGAGGAUGUUGGUUCGGAAUUAUUUCAAGUAGAGGAUAGACAUGAUAAACGGUAUUUGUUGGCCCCUACCCAUGAAGAAGCAGUGGCUGACCUCAUGGCUGAUGUUGGACCAAUAUCUUAUAAACAAUUGCCUUUGCUCAUUUAUCAGAUAACAAAUAAGUACAGAGAUGAAUUACGGCCGAAACAUGGUCUAUUGAGAUCUAGAGAGUUCCAAAUGAUGGACCUAUACGGUUUUCAUACAGAUCAAAAGUGUGCAGAAAAUACUUAUAAUAAUGUUAAUAAUGUAUAUAAAAAGUUAUUUAAAAUCCUGAAUCUUCCUGUGUAUAGAGUGGUAGCACCAUCUGGUGAUAUGGGUGGGACACUAUCCCACGAGUGGCAGCUCCCCGCCACCGCGGGGGAGGACUCGAUAGCGAUAUGUCCGUCCUGCUCGCACACUAGUCUCACUAGUGGGAAGUGUAGCGAGUGUGGGAAAGAGACAGAUGUAUGUGGGAGUGUUGAGGUCGGACAUACAUUCAUACUGGGCACAAAAUACAGUGAGCCGUUACAAGCAAAGUGCAUCACACAAGCCUCGAAUCCCACACCUUUGAUUAUGUCUUGUUAUGGGAUCGGCAUUACUAGGUUAUUAGCAGCGAGUAUAGAAGCCCUAUCCACCGACUCGUGUAUCCGCUGGCCAGCCGCCAUUGCACCUUUUUCAACUAUAGUAAUUGGACCUAAGGAAGGUUCAAAAGAAUGGUCGUUGCAUGGAAUCCAAGCGACGCAGGGUGUAGCGCGUUGUAUAGGUGAUGUGGUUGGUGAUGUACUUUUAGAUGAUAGACACACACUCACUAUUGGGAAGAGGAUGAUGAUGGCUGAUAGAAUGGGCUACCCAAAUAUUAUUGUCUGUGGCCGGAAUUCAAUAGAAAACCCGCCAAAAUAUGAAUUAUACGCGAACAACGCAAAAACUCCCCUCCUACUGGAUAUGAACGAACUGAUGCAGUUCUUGCGAAAUGAUAGCUCAAAUAAUGUUGUUGAGUGUGCUAAUUAAAUGAUUAAGAGAU